AUGGCCUUCCGACAGUUCAGAAAUACAUGCAAGACAACGCCAGAAGGUCUGCGACCUGCUCCCGAGGUCCGAGCCGUCCACGGCCAACUGAGUGACCUUCCGCUGCAGGCAGUUGACUACAUGGACGACCGCUCCAAACUAUGCCUCCAAGUCAAGAUCAACAGAGAGGACGGCUCUGCCACAUUCAAUUUCACCGGGACAUCGCGAGAGAUAUACGGGAGUCUCAACGCUCAAAGGGUCACACUUAGUGCUAUCACCUACGUUCUGCGCUCGCUGGUGAAUAGCGAUAUACCGCUCAACCAAGGCUGUCUCGUAUCAGCGUGA